UGACUGACUGGGCUCCAGGAUUCAGGCUUCAAUCUGCGGCCAGCAGCAGCAGCAGCAGCAGAGGCGGCGGGGAGGAGAGCAACAUUUCAUCCGCUUCUUCAUUUCCCCCUGUGGCUUCUUCACCGGGCCAGGGAGAACAAAAGACGGACAACUGCAUGAUUACAGGCGCCAGCUUCUCCUUCAUCUCGACUACCAGCCGGGCUAGCUUGAUGCUCACUCCAGCCUGCUAGCCUUUGUGGCAGGGCUGUCCAUGCAUCUGAGGACCCCCUAAGCAAACCCCGGGCUGGGAGAAGCCUCGGCUUUCUCUCUCUCUCUCUUUUUCUUUUCUUUUUUUUUCUUGCGUUGACAGUCUGCAAAAAAUACUCUACGAGUGGGCAGCAGCUUCAUUGCGCACCCAAGAAAGCGGAUUUCCAGCGAGGAGAGCAUCACCGCCCGGUUACACGUCGUCGCUUAUCUGCAGCCUCCUGCUUUGACAGGGACCAAGAAGCGAUUGAUGACUAAUAUUCUUUCAAGAUAGGCUACAAUGUUGCGCAUCACGGCCAACAUGUUGGCAGCAGGAUUGCUUUUCUUGGGAUUCUUGCACAGUUUGGAAGUAAUCGCUCCAGCUAGGGCUAUUGAUGUGACAUCUGAAUACCUGCUGAAUGAAACACGGUUACAAGGCUUAGCUCCGAGGAGCUGCAGCCCAAAGCAGUUUGUGUGUAAAGACGGGGUGACGUGCAUCUCUAAGGGCUGGCGCUGCGAUCGGGAGAAGGACUGCCCAGACGGCUCCGAUGAAGAGCCCGACGUUUGCCCACUCAGCACUGUGUCGCGGUGUCCUCCCAAUGAGUACCAGUGUGGAGGAACGGAGCUGUGCAUCCACAUGAGCAAACUGUGCAACGGGGUCCCAGACUGUACUGAUGGCUGGGACGAGGGCCCACACUGCAGAGAGUAUAUAUCCAACUGCUCACUCAUGGGCUGCCAGGAAAACUGUGCGGUGACUCCAGUCGGACCUGCUUGUUACUGUAAGAGCGGUUAUGAGAUCAGCCUGGAUGGAAAGACAUGCAAAGACUUUGAUGAGUGCAGUGUGUAUGGGACCUGCAGUCAGUCCUGUACUAACACUGAAGGCUCCUACACCUGUUCCUGUGUGGAGGGCUACUUGUCCCAGCCAGACAACCGCUCCUGCAAGGCCAAGAAUGAUCCAGUAGACCGUCUGCCUGUCCUGCUGAUCGCCAAUUCUCAGAACAUCCAAGCCACCUCCCUGAGCGGCACCACAGUGCACAGUCUGUUGUCUACCAGCACCAAGCAAACCACAGCCAUGGACUUCCUUUACGCCCAAGAAACUGUGUGCUGGAUCCACGUGGGAGACUCGCCCUCAUCCACGCACCUCAAAUGUGCCUUGAUCCCCAAUCUGAAGAGCUUCACUGAGGAGAAAAUCAUCAACAUUUCCCUCAGCCUGCACCAUGUGGAGCAGAUGGCCAUUGACUGGCUCACCGGAAACUUCUACUUUGUGGAUGACGUGGACGACAGAAUCUUCGUGUGCGACAAAGACGGCCAGACAUGCGUCACCCUGCUGGACCAGGAGCUGUUCAACCCUAAAGGCAUUGCCCUGGACCCCACCAUGGGGAAGGUGUUCUUCACAGACUACGGUCAGAUCCCAAAAGUGGAGCGCUGUGACAUGGACGGCCAGAAUCGGACCAAACUUGUGGACACUAAGAUCGUGUUCCCCCACGGCAUCACGCUGGACCUGGUCAGCAGGCUGGUGUACUGGGCCGACGCCUACCUGGACUACAUCGAGGUGGUGGACUAUGAAGGCAAGAACCGGCACACCAUCAUCCAAGGCCUGCUGAUCGAGCAUCUGUACGGGCUGACCGUGUUUGAAAACUAUCUGUAUGCCACCAACUCGGACAAUGCUAACAUGCAACCCAAGACCAGCGUGAUCAGAGUGAACCGCUUCAACAGCACAGACUACCAGGUGGUGACCAGAGUGGACAAGGGAGGAGCGCUGCAUGUUUACCACCAGAGACGCCAGCCUCCAGUGCGUAGCCAUGCAUGUGAGGUGGACCAGUUCGGGAAGGCCGGAGGCUGUUCUGACAUCUGUCUUCUGGGGAACGGACACAAGACCCGGACCUGCCGCUGUCGCUCUGGAUUUAGCUUGGGCAGCGAUGGAAAGUCCUGCAAAAAACCUGAGCAUGAGCUCUUCCUGGUCUAUGGGAAAGGUCGUCCGGGCGUCAUCAGGGGCAUGGACAUGAACGCCAAGGUGCCAGACGAGUACAUGAUCCCAAUUGAGAAUCUAAUGAACCCCAGAGCUCUGGACUUUCACGCUGAGAGCGAGUUCAUUUACUUUGCCGAUGCCACCAGCUACAUCAUUGGACGGCAGAAGAUUGAUGGAACAGAGAGGGAUACUAUAAUGAAGGAAGGAAUCCACACAGUCGAGGGUAUAGCUGUGGACUGGAUGGCCGACAACUUGUACUGGACGGAUGAUGGGCCCAAGAAAACCAUCAGUGUGGCUCGGCUGGAAAAGGCUUCACAGACUCGCAAAACCCUCAUUGAAGGGAAAAUGACUCACCCUCGGGCCAUUGUGGUGGAUCCACUUCAUGGAUGGAUGUACUGGACAGACUGGGAGGAGGACCCUAAGGAAAGCAAACGCGGCAAAAUAGAGCGGGCUUGGAUGGACGGCUCCAACAGAAAUGUGUUCCUGACCAGCAAAACGGUGCUAUGGCCCAACGGCCUGAGUCUGGACAUCCCACAGGGCAUCCUCUACUGGGUGGAUGCCUACUACGACCGCAUUGAGAUGGUCUACCUUAACAGCUCCGGACGCAAGACGGUGUACGAAGGUCAGGAGCUGAACCACGCCUUUGGUCUGUGCCACUAUAAACACUUCUUGUUCUGGAACGAAUACCGGAGUGGCAGCAUUUACAAGCUGGACACCACCACUGGAACUGCCACCCUGUUACGCAAUGAGCGACCACCCAUCUUUGAAAUCCGAAUGUAUGACGCUCAGCAGCAGCAAGGCUCUAAUGCGUGUCGCGUGUACAACGGCGGCUGCAGCAGCCUUUGUUUGGCCAUACCAGGAGGCAGACAAUGUGCCUGUGCAGAAGACCAAAUACUAGACCCAGCUGACAACACCAGCUGCAAAGCCAACCCGUCUUACGUCCCCCCUCCUCAGUGCCAGCCUGGAGAGUUUGCCUGUAAGAACAACCGCUGCAUCCAGGAGCGCUGGAAGUGUGACGGAGACAACGACUGUCUGGAUAACAGUGACGAGGCUCCUGAGCUGUGUCACCAGCACACUUGCCCCACAGACAGAUUUAAGUGCAAGAACAACCGCUGCAUCCCUCUGCGCUGGCUGUGCGACGGCGACAACGACUGCGGGAAUGACGAGGACGAAUCCAACACCACCUGCUCAGCUCGUACCUGCCCUCCCAACCAGUACUCAUGUGCUAGUGGACGAUGCAUCCCUAUUUCCUGGACAUGUGACCUGGACGAUGACUGUGGUGAUCGCUCAGAUGAACCUGCUUCCUGCGCCUACCCCACCUGUUUCCCGCUCACUCAGUUCACCUGCAACAAUGGACGCUGCAUCAACAUUAACUGGCGCUGCGACAAUGAAAAGGAUUGUGGGGACGGCUCUGAUGAGUUGAAUUGUCCAAACCUGACCGAUAAUGACUGUGGGGACAACAGUGAUGAGGCAGGUUGUAGUCACUCCUGCUCCAGUGCUCAGUUCAAGUGUAACAGUGGCCGCUGCAUCCCAGAUUACUGGACCUGUGAUGGAGAUAAUGACUGUGGCGACUACAGCGACGAGACCCACGCAAACUGCACCAAUCAGGCCACGCGUCCUCCUGGAGGUUGUCAUACAGAUGAGUUUCAGUGUCAGCUGGAUGGCCUGUGCAUCCCCCUGCGCUGGCGCUGUGAUGGAGACACCGACUGCAUGGACAUGAGUGAUGAGAAGAACUGUGAGGGCGUCACGCACAUGUGUGAUCCAACUGUCAAGUUUGGCUGCAGGGAAUCUUCACGCUGUAUCAGCAAAGCCUGGGUUUGUGAUGGCGACAGUGACUGUGAGGACAACUCAGAUGAGGACAACUGCGAGGCACUGGUGUGUAAGCUUUCUCACCACGUGUGUGCCAACGACUCCACCAUCUGCCUGCCUGCAGAGAAACUUUGCGAUGGCACUGACGACUGCCCAGAUGGCUCUGAUGAGAAACUCUGUGACCUGUGUUCACUGGACAAUGGUGACUGCAGCCAUAACUGCACAGUGGCUCCCGGGGAAGGCGUGAUCUGUUCCUGUCCAUUGGGCAUGGAGUUGGGGUCUGACAACAAGACCUGUCAGAUCCAGAGCUUCUGUGCAAAACACCUUAAGUGCAGUCAACGCUGCGAGCAGGACAAGUUCAGUGUGAAAUGUUCGUGUUAUGAGGGUUGGGAACUGGAGCCUGACAUGGAGAACUGCAAGAGCACCGAUCCUUUCAAACCCUUUAUUAUUUUCUCAAACCGCCAUGAGAUCCGCCGCAUUGAUCUGAAUAAGGGAGAGUUCAGCGUGUUAGUUCCUGGCCUGAGAAACACCAUUGCGCUGGACUUCCAUCUCAACCAGAGCGCCCUCUAUUGGACUGAUGUGGUGGAGGAUAAGAUCUAUCGCGGCAAGUUGUCUGAAAAUGGAGCUUUAACCAGCUUUGAUGUGGUAAUCCAGUAUGGUCUGGCUACACCUGAGGGUCUGGCAGUGGACUGGAUAGCAGGAAACAUUUACUGGGUGGAAAGCAACCUGGAUCAGAUAGAAGUGGCCAAGUUGGAUGGCACCAUGAGGACCACACUGCUGGCUGGGGAGGUGGAGCACCCUCGAGCUAUUGCUCUUGACCCUCGGGAUGGGAUCCUCUUCUGGACAGACUGGGAUGCUAGUUUGCCGAGGAUUGAAGCUGCAUCCAUGAGUGGAGAGGGCAGAAAGACAAUCCAUAAGGAAACUGGCAAUGGAGGCUGGCCAAAUGGACUUACUGUGGAUUAUCUGGAGCGGCGCAUCCUUUGGAUCGAUGCCAGGUCUGAUGCCAUUUAUUCAGCCAAGUAUGAUGGUUCUGGACUAAUUGAGGUUCUGAGGGGCCACGAGUAUCUGUCGCAUCCAUUUGCCGUCACCAUGUAUGGUGGAGAGGUUUACUGGACGGACUGGAGGACCAACACGCUGGCUAAGGCAAACAAGUGGACUGGAAGCAAUGUCACUGUGGUGCAGAGAACCAACACACAGCCUUUUGACCUUCAGGUCUACCAUCCAUCCAGACAGCCACAGGCUCCUAACCCCUGUGCAGCUAAAGAUGGCAAGGAGCCCUGCUCUCAUCUCUGUCUCAUCAACUACAACCAGACCUUCUCCUGUGCUUGCCCUCACCUCAUGAAGCUGGGCCCCGACAAACGUACUUGUUAUGAGUCCCGUCAGUUUUUGCUGUACGCUCGACAGAUAGAGAUCAGAGGAGUGGACAUUGACAACCCAUAUUACAACUACAUAAUUUCCUUCACUGUGCCGGACAUUGACAACGUGACUGUGGUGGACUAUGACGCUCUGGAGCAUCGAAUCUAUUGGUCAGAUGUCCGCACUCAGACGAUCAAGAGAGCUUUCAUCAAUGGCACUGGAGUUGAAACUGUAGUUUCUGCAGAUCUGCCCAACACUCACGGCCUGGCAGUGGACUGGGUGUCCAGGAACCUGUUCUGGACCAGUUAUGAUGCCAACAAAAAACAGAUUAAUGUUGCCAGACUGGAUGGUUCCUUCAAAAAUGCUGUUAUCCAGGGCUUAGACAAACCACACUGUCUAGUGCUGCAUCCAAUACUGGGGAAGCUGUACUGGACAGAUGGGGACAACAUCAGCAUGGCCAACACAGAUGGCAGCAACCGCAGCAUCCUCUUCACCAACCAGAAAGGCCCUGUUGGCCUCUCCAUUGAUUUUGAUACCGAGCAGCUUUACUGGAUCAGCUCAGGAAACAGCACCAUCAGCCGCUGUAAACUGGACGGCUCUGGACUGGAGGUGCUGGAAGGUGUCAAGGGAAAGCUGACUAAGGCCACUGCUCUGGCCAUCAUGGGAGAGAAAUUGUGGUGGGCAGACCAAGGAACCGACCAGAUUGGGAUCUGUGACAAGAAAGAUGGCGGCAACUGGAAAGUCCUGAGGAACAGCACUUCUCCCAUGAUGCACAUGAAAAUCUACAAUGAAACUGUGCAGAAAGGCAGCAAUCUUUGCAGCAAUAACAAUGGAGACUGUUCCCAGCUGUGCCUCCCCACCUCCCCGACCACCAGAGCCUGCAUGUGCACGGCAGGAUACAGCCUGCGCAGAGGGCAGCAGUCUUGUGAGGGUGUGGGCUCUUUCCUGCUGUACUCGGUGCAUGAGGGCAUACGAGGUAUUCCUUUGGACCCAUCAGACAAAUCUGAUGCUCUGGUACCAGUGUCAGGCACCUCUCUCGCUGUAGGCAUAGAUUUCCAUGCUGACAAUGACACUAUCUACUGGGUGGACAUGGGUCUGAGCACCAUCAGCAGGGCCAAGAGAGACCAGACCUGGAGAGAGGAUGUGGUCACUAAUGGCAUUGGCAGAGUUGAAGGCAUCGCUGUUGACUGGAUAGCUGGAAACAUCUAUUGGACAGAUCAGGGCUUCGAUGUGAUUGAGGUGGCCAGACUGAAUGGCUCCUUCCGCUAUGUGGUGAUCUCCCAGGGCCUGGACAAGCCUCGUGCCAUCACUGUGCAUCCUGAGAAGGGCUACCUGUUCUGGACAGAGUGGGGCCAGUAUCCCCGCAUCGAGCGGUCUCGCCUCGAUGGCUCUCAGAGGGCCGUCCUGGUCAAUGUCAGCAUCAGUUGGCCCAACGGCAUCUCCAUCGACUAUGAGGAGGGUCUGCUGUACUGGUGUGACGCCAGGACGGACAAGAUCGAACGCAUUAACCUGGAGACUGGUGAAAACAGAGAAAUGGUGCUGGCCAAUAACAACAUGGACAUGUUUUCUGUGUCUGUGUUCGAGAGCUACAUCUAUUGGAGUGACAGGACACAUGCUAAUGGCUCCAUAAAGAGAGGCAGCAAGGACAAUGCCACAGACUCUGUGUCUCUGAGGACUGGUAUUGGGGUGCAACUCAAAGACAUCAAGGUCUUCAACAGGGCAAGACAGCAAGGAACAAAUGUGUGCAAAGACAACAAUGGCGGCUGUCAGCAGCUUUGCCUUUACCGUGGUAACGGACAGCGUACAUGUGCCUGCGCUCAUGGCAUGCUGGCUGAAGACGGCCGCGGCUGCCGCGACUACGACGGCUACCUUCUCUACUCAGAGCGCACUAUACUAAAGAGCGUUCACCUGUCAGAUGAAAACAACCUGAACGCACCGAUAAAACCGUUUGAGGACCCCGAGCACAUGAAGAAUGUCAUUGCGCUCACUUUUGAUUACAGAGGAGGCGGAGGGAAAGGAGCUAACCGCAUCUUCUUCAGUGAUAUUCAUUUUGGCAACAUUCAACAAAUAAGUGAUGAUGGAUCAGACCGCAAGACUGUAGUAGAGAAUGUGGGCUCGGUGGAGGGCUUGGCCUACCACAGGGGCUGGGAUAUGUUGUACUGGACCAGCUAUACUACCUCAACCAUCACCCGCCACACUGUGGAUCGGAGCCGCUGGGGUGCCGUCGACCGCCACACUGUGGUCUCCAUGUCGGGAGACGAUCACCCAAGAGCCUUUGUCCUUGACGAGUGUCAGAGCCUGAUGUUCUGGACCAACUGGAAUGAACAGUCUCCCAGCAUCAUGCGUGCCACACUGGCAGGUGCCAAUGUCCUUGUAAUCAUUGGCACGGACAUCAGAACCCCUAAUGGCCUGGCCAUAGACCAUCGUGCUGAAAAGCUUUAUUUCUCUGAUGCCACGCUGGACAAGAUUGAGCGCUGUGAAUAUGAUGGAACUCGGCGCUACGUGGUGCUGAAGAAUGAGCCGGUCCAUCCGUUUGGCCUGGCUGUGUACGGAGACUACAUCUUCUGGACCGACUGGGUGAGAAGGGCCGUGCUUCGGGCUGACAAAUACACAGGAGGAGACAUGAAGGUGCUUCGUGCUGACAUCCCUCAGCAGCCGAUGGGCAUCGUCGCAGUGGCCAAUGACACUAAUAACUGUGAGUUCUCUCUCUGCCGUGUUAACAACGGAGGAUGUCAGGACCUGUGUUUGCUGACCUCUGAAGGAAGAGUCAACUGCAGCUGUCGGGGAGACAGGAAGCUUUUGGAAGACAACACCUGCAUAGCCCUCAACACUACGUGUAACAACAUUGACGAGUUUGAGUGUGGAAAUGGAGACUGUGUCAACUACACCCUGACUUGUGAUGGCAUGGCCCAUUGCAAGGACAAGUCUGAUGAGAAACAGUCCUACUGUGCCAAUCGUGUGUGUAAAAAGGGCUACAGACGAUGUGUAAACAGCCGUUGUGUGGGUCACAGCUCCUGGUGUAACGGGCAGGACGACUGUGGAGACAAUUCUGAUGAGCUCUUCUGUAACACCACACUGUGCACAGUGGAUCAGUUCCAGUGCAGAGAUGGAAGCUGCAUCUCAAACUCCAGCAAGUGUAACCAGAAGGUGGACUGUGAGGAUGCUAGUGAUGAGAUGAACUGCACUGCCACAGAUUGUUCCAGUUACUUCCAUCUGGGAGUGAAGGGAGUGACAUUUCAGAAGUGUGAGUUCACCACCCUCUGCUAUGCACCUUCAUGGCAGUGUGACGGAGCCAACGACUGUGGGGACUUCUCAGAUGAAAGAAAUUGCCCAGGGAGCGGCAAAACAAAAUGUCCAACACCCUUCUUUGCCUGUCCGAGUGGACGUUGUAUCCCAAUGAGCUGGACUUGUGAUAAGGAGAAUGACUGUGAGAAUGGUGCAGACGAGGCCCACUGUGAUAAGUUCUGCUCAGCCUCCCAGUUUGAAUGUGGGAACCACCGUUGCAUACCCAACCGCUGGGUGUGUGACGGAGCGGAUGACUGCGGUGACAGCAGUGAUGAAGACAGCAAAUGCAAGACUAAAACCUGCAGUCCAGAAGCAUUCCAGUGCCCCGGAUCACACAUGUGCAUUCCUCAGCACUGGAAAUGUGAUGGCGACAAAGACUGUCCUGAUGGAGCUGAUGAGAGUGUGAAAGCUGGCUGUGUCUUCAACAACACCUGCAGCAGCAACGAGUUCAUGUGCCAGAACCGACAGUGUAUUCCCAAACACUUUGUGUGUGACCAUGACAAGGACUGCAGCGAUGGCUCAGAUGAGUCCCAGGAGUGUGAGUAUCCGACAUGCGGACCCACCGAGUUCCGCUGUGCCAACGGACGCUGUCUCAUUCAGAGUAAAUGGGAGUGUGAUGGAGACUUUGACUGCCACGACCAGUCAGAUGAAGCGCCAAAAAACCCACGCUGCAUUGGCACAGAGAAGAAAUGCAACGACACUGCGUAUGCCUGCAAUAAUGGAAACUGCGUCAAUGACACUUUGCUCUGUGACCAUAAAGACGACUGUGGCGAUGGCUCUGAUGAGCUGAACUGCUUUAUUAAUGAGUGCUUAAACAGCAAACUGAGUGGCUGCUCCCAGCUCUGUGAAGACCUUAAAAUAGGGUUUAAGUGUAGAUGCCACCCCGGCUUCCGUCUGAAAGAUGAUGGGAAGACGUGUGUCGACAUAGAUGAAUGCACAACCACUUAUCCCUGCACGCAGCGCUGCAUCAACACACACGGCAGUUUUCACUGUCUGUGCGUGGAGGGUUUCCAGCUUAGCCCCGAGAACCCCACGAUAUGCAAAUCCGUUUCUGAUGAAGAACCCUUCCUCAUCUUUGCCAACCGCUAUUACCUGAGGAAGCUCAACUUGGAUGGCACCAACUACACACUGCUCAAACAGGGAUUGAACAAUGCUGUGGCUCUGGACUUCGACUAUCGCCAACAGAUGAUUUAUUGGACAGAUGUGACCACCCAGGGCAGCAUGAUCCGACGAAUGCACAUCAACGGCAGCGAUGUGCAGGUCCUUCACCGCACAUCACUCAGCAACCCAGAUGGUCUGGCAGUGGACUGGGUAGGAGGAAACCUGUACUGGUGUGAUAAGGGACGGGAUACUAUUGAGGUGUCAAAGCUGAAUGGAGCAUACCGGACAGUUCUGGUCAACAAUGGCCUGAGGGAGCCUCGUGCUGUGGCUGUGGAUGUACGCUACGGGUACCUAUACUGGUCUGACUGGGGAGACACCCCCCACAUUGGGAGAAUUGGGAUGGACGGUACCAACAGGAGUGUCAUUGUAGAGGAUAAGAUCACUUGGCCCAAUGGCCUGACGCUGGACUUUGUCAAUGACCGUAUCUACUGGGCCGAUGCCCGGGAGGACUACAUUGCAUUUGCCAGCCUUGACGGAACCAACAGACACACAGUUCUGACUCAGGACAUCCCCCACAUCUUUGCUAUGACUCUGUUCGAGGAAUACAUAUACUGGACGGACUGGGAAACAAAGUCCAUCAACAGAGCUCAUAAGACGCUGGGGACCAAUAAGUCCAUGUUGAUCAGCACCCUUCACAGGCCAAUGGACGUCCACAUUUACCACCCGUACCGCCAGCCUGAAGUGGCAGACCACCCAUGCCAGAUAAACAAUGGAGGCUGCAGUAACCUAUGUUUGCUCUCCCCUGGAGGGGGCUACAAGUGUGCCUGCCCCACUAACUUUUACCUGGCUGCUGAUGGCAAACAGUGCUUGUCCAACUGUACCGCAAGUCAGUUUGUUUGCAAAAACGACAAAUGCAUUCCAUUUUGGUGGAAGUGUGACACCGAGGAUGACUGUGGGGACCGUUCAGACGAGCCUGCAGACUGCCCUGAGUUUAAGUGCAGACCUGGCCAGUUCCAGUGUGGUACCGGGAUCUGUACCAACCCAGCCUACAUCUGUGACGGAGACAAUGACUGCCAGGACAACUCUGAUGAAGCCAACUGCGACAUCCACGUGUGCCUGCCGAGUCAGUUUAAAUGCACCCACCCCAGUCGCUGCAUCCCUGGCAUCUUCCGUUGCAAUGGGCAGGACAACUGUGGAGAUGGAGAGGAUGAGAAAGACUGUCCUGAAGUAACGUGUGCCCCCAACCAGUUCCAGUGUGCCAUCACUAAGCGCUGUAUUCCACGGGUGUGGGUGUGUGACAGGGACAAUGACUGUGUGGAUGGAUCUGAUGAGCCUGCCAACUGCACUCAAAUGACUUGUGGUGUGGAUGAGUUCCGCUGUAAGGACUCGGGGCGCUGCAUCCCGGCUCGCUGGAAGUGUGACGGAGAGGAUGACUGUGGAGACGCUUCAGAUGAACCCAAGGAGGAGUGCGAUGAGCGGACGUGUGAGCCAUACCAGUUUCGCUGUAAGAACAACCGCUGUGUACCUGGACGCUGGCAGUGUGACUACGACAAUGACUGUGGGGACAACUCGGAUGAAGACAAGUGUGAGCCUCGUCAGUGUUCAGAGAGCGAGUUUGCCUGCACAAAUGGCCGCUGCAUUGCCGGGCGCUGGAAGUGCGACGGAGACCACGAUUGUGCUGACGGUUCAGACGAGAAUGGCUGUGAUGUGAAGUGUGACAGUGAUCAGUUCCAGUGCAAAAAUAACCAUUGCAUCCCCAUACGCUGGCGCUGUGAUGCUGAUGCUGACUGCAUGGAUGGCAGUGACGAGGAGAAAUGUGACAGCGGUGUGGGCAAACACUGUCCUGUGGAUGAGUUCCAGUGCAACAACACUCUUUGUAAACCGCUAGGCUGGAAGUGUGAUGGUGAGGACGACUGUGGAGACAACUCUGAUGAGAACCCAGAGGAGUGCGUUAAAUUCCAGUGUCCACCCACCAGGCAGUUCCGCUGUCAUAAUGAUCGUGUGUGUCUGCCAGUAUCAAAACACUGCGAUGGUGUGAACAACUGUGGGGACAACAGCGAUGAAGUCAACUGCCCGCCUCCUACCACACCAGUAUGCCAAAAGGAUGAGUUCCAGUGCUCCAAUGGCCGUUGCAUCAGCUCUGUUCUGCGCUGUAACUACUUCAAUGACUGCGAAGACUACGGCUCUGAUGAAAUCAACUGCAAUAAGAAAGACACGGUGCUGAACGACUGUCGCAGUAAUCGGACGGUGUGUGGAGAUGGAGAUGAAGCUCACUGUGUGGUGAACGGCACUGACUCGUUCUGCUCCUGUAAACCCGGCUUCCAGUCCUACGGACGAAACAGAUGUGAAGAUAAGAAUGAGUGUCAGCAGUUUGCAGUUUGCUCCCACAUCUGCAACAACACCAAAGGUUCCUACAAGUGCAGCUGCCACAAGUACUUCACCAGAAUCAAUGACACCUGCAAGGCUGAUACUCAGAGACAAGUGCUCUACAUUGCGGAUGAUAAUGAAAUCCGCAGCCUGGACCCUUCCAUGCCAAACUGGCGCUAUGAGCAGAUCUUCCAGGGUGAUGCCAACGUGCGCAUAGAUGCCAUGGACCUGCACGUGAAGACGAAUCGCAUUUACUGGACAAACUGGCACACGGGGCGCAUUUCAUCCUAUGAUUUGCCUUCUUCCUCCUCUCCCAAUAGUAAUCGCAACCGACGCCAAAGUGACUCCAGGGUCACCCAUCUUGAGAUUCCUGAUCUGAAGAUGCCCCGUGGCAUCGCUGUGGACUGGGUGGCAGGGAAUCUGUACUGGACUGAUUCGGGAAGAGACAUCAUUGAAGUGGCUCAAAUAAGUGGAGGACGUCAUCGCAAAACCCUGAUCUCUGGCAUGAUUGAUGAGCCCUAUGCCAUUGUAGUUGAUCCCCAGAGAGGGAAAAUGUACUGGGCGGACUGGGGCAACCACCCCAAGAUUGAAACGGCUGCUAUGGAUGGGACAAUGAGAGAGACGCUGGUGGAAGAAAACAUUCAGUGGCCAACUGGUCUGGCAGUGGACUACUUCAAUGAGCGACUGUACUGGGCUGAUGCUAAGCUCUCCUUGAUUUGUAGUGUGAGACUGAAUGGCAGUGAUGCAGUCGUGGCUGUAAACAGCCUUAAAAACAAGCUCCAUCAUCCCUUCAGCAUUGACGUCUUUGAGGACUACAUCUAUGGUGUCACCUACAUCAACAACUACGUCUUCCGAGUGAAUAAGUUUGGCAAAGGCCCCAUUGAGAACCUCACGACUGGAAUGAACCAUGCCACAGAUAUAGUCUUGCACCACCGCUACAAACAACCUGAAAUCACUAACCCCUGUGACAGGAAGAAAUGUGAAUGGCUGUGUCUGUUAAGCCCCAGUGGACCAGUCUGCACUUGUCCCAAUGGGCGCACGCUGGACAAUGGCACAUGUGUGGAGCUGCCCACUCCCACAUUAUCUCCUAUCUCUCCUCCCAGUGGUCCCUGCUUGGUCCAGUGUUUGAACGGUGGCAGCUGUUUCCUAAACGCCCACAAACAACCCAAGUGUCGCUGCCAGCCUAAUUAUGGAGGAGAUCGAUGUGAGAUUGAUCAGUGCAGAGACUACUGCAAGAAUGGAGGCACAUGUACACCCUCUCCUACAGGUUCUCCUACCUGUCGAUGCCUGACAGGCUUUACAGGGCCAAACUGUAAUCUGCACACUUGUAAGGAUUACUGCAAGAAUGGAGGCAAUUGUACCGUCAGUGCAGGAAACCAGCCGACCUGCAGUUGUCCAGCUGACUUCCUUGGCGACCGGUGCCAGUACAGAAGCUGUGAGAACCACUGCCUACACAAAGGUACAUGUCUGCAGAGUGAAGAUGGUUCCAAGCUGUGCCGCUGUCUGCCCCAGUACACUGGCAGCACAUGUGAGAUUGAUAAGUGUCACUACUGUCGUGACGGAGAGUGUAUCCCCAGCAACGGUUUUACAACUACAGGGGACUUCACCUGUCGCUGCACAAAUGGAAGAGUCCAGCCCAGCUGCUACACAUGCGACACCAAUGAGUACUGUGCAAAUGGCCAAUGCUCUAUAAACCCCAUCACUCGCCUUCCAGAGUGCAGAUGUUCACCUGGAUGGGCAGGACAUCGCUGCGCGUCUGCGGCCAGCAGCAAUGAUAGCUCAGCUUCAGGUGGACGCACAACCUCUAUAGUGAUCCCAGUGCUGCUGCUGUUGCUGCUGCUUCUUCUUGGUGUAGGAGCUUUGUUCUGGUACAGGAGAAGGAUGAGAGGGUCUAGCCGGCCCGGCAAAACCGGCUCCAGGCGCUUGCGGGCCAAGGGCUUCCAGCACCAAAGGAUGACCAACGGGGCCAUGAAUGUUGAGAUCGGAAACCCUGCUUACAAGAUCUACGAGGGCGAGCCUGAUGACGAUGCCGGGGAGCUGCUAGACGCAGAUUUCACGCUGGAUCCAGACAAGCCCACCAACUUCACAAACCCAGUAUAUGCCACUCUGUACAUGGGAGCUCACAACAGUCGCAACUCUCUGGCCAGCACAGAUGAGAAGAAGGAGUUGCUAUCACGUGGAGAUGAGGAGCCCCUUGUGGACCCACUGGCAUAGACUGUCCAUUAGCCUAGAUCAUGCUAUUCCAAACACACCCCUCUUCUUGCCUUUUAAAGAAAAAUUAAACAAAAAAAAAAAUCGAUAAAAAGUGUGAGAGAAAAUUGAGAAAAAGUGUGAACACUGUAUAAAAUGUACAAAAAUGAAGGACUACUUUUGUAUGUGAUUGCAGUAUUAUAUUUUGUUCUUUUGAGAUUCCUCUGGUCAAAAACAAAUAACAUUUUCUAUGAGAGAUUUUUAAUUUACACUUUGUCCCUUACCCUUUACCUAAAUAGCCACUACCUCUGUGCAAAAUGAAAUGGAAACAAGAAAAUCAGAAGAAAAGAUGCUAUCAUUGGAGCAAUUUUAAUUUUUUAUUUUUGUAUGAAUUGUAUAGAAAAGAAAAAAACAUUGUUCCAUUUCACCAGUGCCAACUAUUUGUUGUUUGUGUUGACUUUGAGCGGGAAAGGCAAAACUCGUAGUUUUCUAAACCGGUACAUAUGUUGUCUUGCUGGGUUUUCUUUGCAAGAUUGUGUGAGGCAGAUUUGUGAUAGCACCGUUUGUGUAUAGCACAUGUAAAAUGGUAAAACUACAGUAUUUCCACAUGAUUUUUUCUCAGAAAACAAUGUUCAUGAAAUGAUUGUGUUGUCUUCCUUGCACAGAAUAUCACUUUUUACGGUAUACUGUAGGCUUUAUACCGUAAGAUGUAAAGCGGAUGUGUUUGUUUUUAUCACAUUGUAUAACAGCUGGAGCUUGGGUGUUGCUGAAGUGAAGAGGAUCAGAGGUGGUGUAUGACUGUGGAGUUGGAGAAUGAGGAUGCUGGUUGUGGGUUAAACAUUCCAGGCAAAGUAUUAGAUGAAGGUUACAGAUGUGAAGUGAUAGUUGGGGUGAUUGCCUUCAAGGAGGGGCAGUUGGCUGUGCUUUCAUAGCCGUUGGGAGGGCCAUUGCAGACACAAAACUUUGAGGAGUAUUGUCAUGUCUGCACUAUUUAGCUGUUACAGGGGUCUUCCUCCAGAGGGAAAGGGAGGUUGCAAUUAUGGUAAAAUGUGAGGAAGGAAAAGAUGCGUUUGUCUUUUACUUCUCCCAUGCAUUUUUUUUUUUUUUUUUUUUGUAAAGACCAGAUAACGUCCAUCUGGCUUUGUGAGUAAAUUUAUCUUUCUGCCUUUAGAGGAUCAAAGUCUGUAUGUUCACAGUUUUGUAAGGACUCCGUCUUAAGUGCAUUAUGUUCAUUUGGUCCUUAGUAUUUCUCUGUUGUUCUUGAGCUCUUUCCAAUCUCUUAUUCUCCUCUGUGCCCUGCUGCUGCUAAUGCUACCAUUCUGGUCGCUCUGACACGCCCUUACGCUCAGCCUCUGUCCCAAAAUGCUGCUUCUGUCAGAAAUGUGUCAGCCAUAUCUUAAUGCAUGUGAAAAGUAACACAAGUCUUCAAUGUAACUACAAUAACAAGUUUUUAUUUUGCUUACCUGUCAGCGAGUGUUAUUUUAUGCUGUUGUAUAUGUUUCAUCUUUAAUUGAGAGAGAAGUACAAUCAUUUUACCUAAAGAACAUUUUUGCAAAAUCAUACGUGCAUUUUCAGAAUUGUUUUUGAUUAGUCUUUGUUUUUUUAAAUGAAAAAUGACACAUAGCUUUUAUAGUACACGAUGCAUGGAGGCUCAGACUUUCUUCUGGAAAGAGAAUAAUGUUUAAUUUUGCUGGAGUACUUUACAAACUAAAUAACAGAUAUUGUUAUAAAUAAAAUUUUAAAAAUUGUACAGAAAACAAA